AUGGAUGGCGUGGCAGUGGCAGUGGCAGUGGCAGUGGCAGUGGCAGCGACAGCAUUGGAGCCCGCAGUCUGGGCUGAGGCGGCUGCGCCCGCGACAACGCUACAACAGCCUGAUAUCUGCACCGCUGCCUGCGGCGCAAAGAAUAGGCCUGGGCUAGGCCGCAGAAACCUUCUCCGCAGGAAUGGUAGCCUUGUCGGCCAAUAUUGUUCCAACACAAGCGACAUGCAACUUUUUGCCAACCAAGGCAAUCCUGCGACAAGGAUGAACACAGCUGAAUACGCCUCCAAAGCUGCCCAACCAUAA